AUGGAUGCACAAGAUAAUGUGAAAGAUGUCGCCUCCAGACAAUCUGCGUCGCCCCAUGGCCUUGGCACAAAUGGCGCGACGAGUGCGUCGCGAAGCCCUCCAAAUGGUAUCAGAUCAUCGCCUCCCCAAUUGGCAUCAAAUGUAGCUAUGGAUGUUGAACCUACGAAUGAUAUUCCUAGAGCGGUUGACGAUGCGAAGAGUGAUUCCGAAGCAGAAACAAUUGUACUUCCAGGAAAAGAUGGGUACUCACCGUCAAAAAAGCGAAAGUCGAUAAAACACGAGGAUCAAAGUGAGGACGACGAAAUGAAGGAUGCGCCGGCUGUGAGCAUUGCUGAACAUAAAAAAGCAGGGGAUGUGCAUCGUGAGAACAGGAAUAGUGAAGAAACAGCCUCGCACUCGAAAACGGGAGGGAAGGCGAGCGAGACCAUCGCGACUUCCAUGCUGGGAAAGAGAAAACGCGCCAAACAUGGAAAUGGAAAUAUCCUCGACGACCGCGAUCGAGAUGCGACACAUAUGGGCAAUUCGAGCGGCCUUAGUUCUGUGCCAACUUCUCCCGUUCCCACAACGCGCUCGUCUCUAUCCAAACCUGCAGCGUCCGAGUCUGGUAAUUCGCGCUCUCCAUCUCCACCACCCCAUUCGCGUUCCGUUGUGAGGGACAAAGCCAAGUCUGUUGACACAGCUCUCUCGCGGCGUAAACAAUACGCUUCAGCAUCUGGCGAAGACGAGGAAGGAGGAGCGCCGCGGUUUAAUCGAUUGCGAAGUCCAGACACCGACCAAAGAUUAUAUCCAGCAAAGCGGUCUUCGUCGAAAUCUCGUCUCGAUUCAAACCCCCGAAAACGAACGAGAUCGACAUCCCCGCACCCACGAGGCCACAGGCGCAGUAUCUCGACUCAGUUUCCAUCCAAGUCUUCCUCUUCACACGGCUUAAGCCACAAGAAAAAGCGCAUUCCUGCACCUCUGCAAUCCACAGAGUAUCACUCUGAUGAAUCUUCAGCGAGUGGGAGCUCACACCCUCGUAGCUCUCGCUUACGCAGUCUCGCGGCGCCAACUACGGGCGAGUCCGCCACAUCACCAGCCAAGAUGCCUCCACAUAAAAAACACGUCAACUCUUCUGGCCAGACCCUUCUUGCUCGAGCGUGUCAGAAGGGUGCGUUAGAUAUUGCUAAGCAGAGGCUCGAGGAGAGACCGCAGGAUUUGAAUGAGCCAGAUCAUGCUCUCAACACGCCCCUUCAUAUGGCUAGUAUUAGAGGCCAUGCAAAUGUGGUCAAAUUCCUCUUGGACAAGCAUUGCAUCGUUGAUUCGGUUAAUGAUUCGAAGGACACGCCAUUGCACGAUGCUAUUGAGAAUGGACAUGUAGAAGUUGUCAAGUUGCUACUUGGGGCCGGGGCCAAUCCAAACAAGCCCAAUCGCCGCGGUGAUGAGCCACUUGAUCUUGUAGCACUGAAUGAAGAGGAUGAAUCUUAUGAAGGAGACGAAGCAGCUGAACUCCGAGCAGCCAUUAUCUCAGCUAAGCAGAACAAUCGAGGCGUCCAGCGCUCAUCAGAAGAUGAACAGCUCCAUGACAAGGCGGAUAAUCAUUCUUCUCGGCACAAAGAAAGCCCUCAAAGCCCACCAGUAUUUUCCCACGAAGUACAGGGGUCGGCAAGGUCAAGAGUUCGGACAGCGCGUUCUUAUAAGACCGGCAACGACUAUCUCUACCAGGAUCUUGGUCCAAACGAGUUACGGAAGGCUGCGAUGGAGGGCAAUGUCGAAGUUGCUGCUCGAGUGUUGGAGGUAAAUCCUACCUUGAAAGAUACCGAGUCACUCUACCUCGCAGCGAAAGGAGGUCACUCCGAUGUAAUAAAUAUUCUUUUUGCUAUAGGCGGUUUUGACCCGGAUCCCACACCUUUAAAGGGUAUAGAGUCUUCAACACCUAUUUUAGCUGCUAUCGGCCGAGAUGCUCACUUGAAAGUUCUUGAACUCUUACUUAGCCAGGACGCGUUUGAUCCCACUCGGCGUAUUGAAGGGGAAGCAUACUACGAGAUUGCAAGGGAACGAGCGGGACCCAGAAGUCAAGAAGAAGAGAAAUUACUCAAGGAUGCUUUCGAAAAGUACGAGACUAAUCGCAAGUCGUCUGGCAAACCUCGAUCUCCAGGACUUCGGCGUGACGGAAGGGAAGGCGAUCGCGAUGCACGGAAGCUUGCCCGGAGAGACGAACAACAAACCUCGUUGCACAAGCGUACUGCUUCAAGCCCAAAGCCAAGAGGUCCAGAAUCGAGUAAAGGGAACCAGAGGGAUAACCUUUCGAGCAAUCAGUCCAAAGAUGGUCUUAAGAGAGGACCAGGACGACCACGAAAGGAAGAAAGCACAUCUUCUGCUAUUCUAUCCGAUCGAGACACUACUCCUCUCGGCCCCCCCAAGCAGAAAUCUCACAUCAAACGAUCCGAGUCCGAGGCUGGUGCGUCUGAGAAUGACGCCUUCUCAAAACCCCGACGGAAACUUGUGUCCGGUAAAGAUUUGCGAGGCGAACGAGAGCUUGAGCUUCAAAAACAGAGAAGAACAAGUGUUGCGUCGAACGCUUCUAGUGCUUCUGUCAAAGACAAGCGCGGGCCCGGUGAAUCAAAGCGGGAAAAGUCCGACGGUCGAGUUAGCCCUAGCGUACCACGGAUUUCCAAACCCCCGAGCUCUAAUCAACUUGAAAGUGAUAUCACAUCAGAAAAAUCUUCUGAUAAGGACAGAGCGCGCUCUCUAAAGCGUGAUGACUCCAAGGAUAGGCUUUCGGCAAUCCGUGGGGAUAGCCCUGUCAAGAGACCCCGGAAAAGCGCUACUCCGCCGCGUUCUGGUAUGCAAGAAGUCACGAAUAAUUUCGGUAUUGGAGGCGGCCCACAGAAAAGGAGAAAGCUGGAAGGGGACACUUCGACAGGACACAAGGCAGAUAGUACAUCAAGCUCGCCUCCGGAUAUCAAGACUACGAAAGCCAAAAUCACCAAUUCAAAUGAGUCUAGUGGCGAAAGAUCUCGAUUGCAUCCGAAAACGAAGCCCUCUCAAAAAGCAGGUACAACUUCGGAUGAAUCAAACAGGCAUUUGAGCUCAGGAGAAAAGAGAGCCAAGUCAUCGAAACAGAGUUCCAGCCAUAGUCUUGAUUCCAACUCCACUAAACGCAAGUCAGCUAGUGAAGGCCCAUCCGACCAUUCAGAGGAGGACGCUAUGAAGGCUACUAAACUGAAGGAAGAAAAAGCUAGGAAGGCCGAGGCUCGUCGCGAGGAGGAACUUGAAGCUACUCGACGAAAAGCGCUCGAGGAGAAGUUGGAAGAUGAGCGUAUCGAGAAAGCAAGACUGGCGCGAAUUGCUCGGGAAGAAGCACAGCGAGAGGAAGACGCAAAGCGCCUGCAAGAAGAGGCCGAGCGAAAAGAACGGCAGAAGGCCGAAGACGCGGCAGCACACGCCCGGGCUAUGGAGGAUCAGAGAGCUCUUUAUGUCGAGCAGGAAAGACUCAAGCGUGAGGAGCAAGAACGUCGGCGGGCCCUUUUACUUAAGCAGCAAGCAGCUGAAAGAGCGAGGAUUGAAGAAGAGAAAAGAGUAGAGAGACUUUCAAGGCUUCCACUUCUUCUUCGAUGGUUUGAUCUAUUUGACGACCCGAAAACCCAAGAAAUCGCAUCUUUGUUCAGAGGUAUAGAUGGUUACCGCUACGAUACAAUUCGACCGGAAGCGACAGGGCAACCGAAUGCUCGGGAACAAUGGAUGCUCAAUGCUCAUGCUGCGAUACUACUCGGAGAAAAGGAUCUUCAACUGUCAAGAUACACUGCUUGGGAACGCAUUCCUCUAUCGGAACCUGCGAAGAAGGUGGUAUGGAAGACCAAAAAUGGAGACUUUACGCUUCGCGAGCCUAGACUGGCCGCCUUUGCCAGAACAUUUCCGUCGAAUGGUGAACCGCCUCACAUGAUUGUGGAGGAAAACAAAACACUCUUUCUCGGCCUAGACUUAUUUUUUGUCAAGGUCUCCGAGUUUAUGUUCAUAGUACCGAACUUUCCACAUCUUCGUGGCAUAGAGAUGUUCGUUAAUUACCGAGAACUGGAUACCAGCUUCAAACUUCCUCCACCACCUUCCAAAUGGAAACAAGAUCCGGAUACCGACCCCAACCAGCAAUUCGCUCCUCAACCAAAGAUAUAUUUGAACGGGCAAUGCAUUAGGCAGCAAGACACACCUAUGACAAAACUAUCACACGAACCUCCUUCGAUCGACCGGCGAGUUCCAAGACGAGAACUCGUACCGGUCUAUCCCCAUGAAGCCGAUUAUGAAGAGCUGUGUAGGAAACAGGGCUUGACUCAUCUAUUACCUUUUCAUCGGGCAUCUCCGUCAUCAUCUGGGCAUGAACAGCCCGAGCGCCAUGAGCAGGCGAAUGGAUUUACGCCACCGCGCUCGGACAGAACGAAAUCGAUCAAUGGUGGGAGCCCUCACAGAGGUUCUAUGUCAGAACCUGAGAUCCAUCAACUCCUCAACGGGGUAAAUGACCAUACGGAUCAUUAG